AAUGCACGUAUAGCCAAUAUAAAUUGGAAAAAGGUCUCUGCUGGAUAUAACUGAAUAAUAAACUGAUAAUUUAACUGAAAUGCAAAUCAAGAAAAACAGGUUAAGAAUCAGGUUAAAAAUUCAUUGACAUCUGCAUUAAUAUCCUGGCAGACACCUUAUGUAUAUAAUUCUUAGAUUUUUAAUUAUUAAUGAUGCAUUCAACCUGUUUUUAUUUUGAAAUAACAGUUAUAAGGAAAAUACUUUAGUUAAUAAUACAAUAUUUUGUUAUUGUUUUAGGUCAGACCCAUCAAAUAAUGUUGUUAUGAAACUUUUAAGUAAAAUUCUUGCAUCAUUGGAAGAGGUUAAGCAAACUCAAAAGUUACAUUCUGCAAUGAUAAUUUCUCUGCAAAAACAGCAGAGUGUAGAUUCCGGAAUUACUAUACAACAACUACCUGCCGGUCUUACUUUACCACUCCAUUCAUUUGCUGAUGUUGAUAAUGCUGAAGUAUUGCUGAAAGACGAAUCAGUUCAAAAAAUUUUGACAAAAGUUUUUAUCGAAAAUGGGGGAAGUGAUAUAGGUGAUUUCAUUAAACGAAAUAUGAAGUUGCUGUUUGACUCAGCUUUGGCGAAGCAUUACAAUUUAACAGGUGUAUCGCGUCAAGGCAAACGUGGGUUUAACAAGUUGAUAAUGUUUCAGUUACUUUAUGUUAAGUAACUUUUUUUUGGUGGUCUACUAACUACUAGCA